AUGAAAAGAACUCUAAGCAAAAAUAAAAUCUUUAAUUGCGAGAAGCACAUUUACUACUGUUGUUCGUUCGUUGAAAAAACAAUGAAGGGAUUAAGAUUAAGGUUAAGAUUAAGAUUAAACAAGAUUAAUAACGAUCGGCCUAUGAACACAAUUAAAAAUGAAUAUCUAGUGGAACUUGUUGAAAGAGCAUUGGAAUAG